AUGGUACUUGCCAGAGAUGCACAGCUUAUCAUUGAUAGUACGGGUGCGUAUGUGAUACUUGGAAACAACGUAAUGAAUUUAAUGGAAUCCGUUAGUGACGAUAUGUUGUUUCCCUACGUUAUGGACGUAAUGACUACUUCAGAAGAAGGAUACGAUUCAAAGAAGGAUAUGUCUGAUUCUGAUAUAACAGGUCUAUUAUCUAUCGCAAUAAACCCCACUAAUUCAAACGGACAACGGGUAAAUGCUUACAGACGUCUUGGGGAUUAUAUCCACACUGCCCAGAUGGAACGAACCACUAUAUCGAUAGAACAGGAAUUUCGAACGUAUUCAUAUCAGAAUAGUUCAUGA